UGGCUCAAGCCGUCAGACUCGUGUCCCGACAGGCUCUCCGCAAGUCCUGGCCUCGGGGAGUGCCAGCUUGGAGUGCUUGCUAAUCGGAGGUCGGUCAAGCUGCGGCUGUGAACAAGUGCCCGCCCGCGAUGGCCUCAGUGGCGCGGCGCGAGACCUGCUCGAGCGAGGUGGACGUGGCCUCGAGGCGGCAGAAGGAGCAGUACGACCCCAGGAACCCAGAGUACGUCGUGCCCGCGUCGGAGCUUGAGGUGGCCGAGGCCGAGGUGCGGCUGCUGAACCAGCAGCUGGCGGGCUUCCGGUCGAUGCUGGCCAGGCGCGAGAAGUCGGACUCCGGCUCGCCGCUGGUGCAGGACUACCGGCUCCGGGCCGAGGAGAUGCAGCGCGCGGUGGAGGCCGCCGAGGCGCAGAGGGAGGCGCUGACCCCGCGUCACAGGACGCUGGCGGGGCACAAGCGCCUCGACAGCGACGGGUCCACGCGCUGUCCGUCGGUGACCUCCCUCCACGGGAUCUGAGGAGGUCGCCCUCUGCUCGUCACCGCGGCUGGGCAGAGAGAGCCGCCGCGCGGCGGAGAACACUCGCUUCUCCUCGCCGGUAUCUGGUGCCCCUUGAUGCCAUACCCUGCCCCCCCUCCGCCUUGCGGCAGCCAGUGGCAGGGCUAAUAUCCACGG